CGAGGGCAUAUUUGGUCGCAAUUGAUCCAGUGCCAUAAUAGACGGCCGUCGGAUCCAUCGUGACAUUUGCAACUGGCUGUAGAGGAGGAUACAUUUGACUAGUAGUUCGAGUAGUGAGGCGCUACAGCCGUCGCCGGGACAACCUGCUGGUUUUGUUGUUGUUACAGAAGAGGGGAGCACUAAGCGACGGAUUUAAUCAUUAAACCGGGUUACCCCCACUUCGGUGCUACUUGCAUGGAUACAUCAUGGCCUCGUUAGUUUGCAGGGUUCAGUUUUUAGAUGAUACCGAUCCAUUUAACAGUACAAAUUUCCCAGAGCCGACAAGACCACCGCAGUACACUUUUAGAGAAGACAUCCCCCUCAUCAACCAAAUUGCCGGUGUCCACCGACUUCUAAAAGCCCCGCAUAAGCUCGAUGACUGUGCCCUACAGUUGUCCCACAAUGGCACGUAUCUGGACCUGGAGUCGUCGUUGGCGGAGCAGAGAGAUGAGCUGGAGGGCUUCCAGGAGGACUCCGCCGCAGGGAGAGGCAAGAAGCACAGUGUGAUUCUGCGCACACAGCUGACAGUCCGUGUUCACGCCUGCAUCGAGAAGCUGUACAACUCCAAUGGACGUGACUUGAGGAGGGCACUGUUUUCCCUCAAACAGAUAUUUCAGGAUGACAAAGACCUGGUGCAUGAGUUUGUGAUGGCGGAGGGUCUGACGUGCCUCAUUAAGGUGGGGGCGGAGGCGGACCAGAACUACCAGAACUACAUCCUGAGAGCUUUGGGUCAGAUCAUGCUGUACGUGGAUGGGAUGAACGGGGUCAUAGGGCACACGGAGACAGUCCAGUGGCUAUACACGCUGAUCGGCUCCAAGUUUCGUCUGGUGGUGAAGACGGCUCUCAAGCUACUGCUGGUGUUUGUGGAGUACGCCGAGAGCAACGCCACUCAGCUCAUCCAGGCUAUCUCCACUGUGGACUUCAAGAGAGGACGCAGGCAGUUUUCAAACGCUAUGGAGAUCUUAGAGGAGAAGGAUGGGGUAGACACUGAACUCUUGGUGUACGCCAUGACCCUCAUCAACAAGACCCUGGCGGCGCUGCCGGACCAGGACUCCUUCUACGACAUGGUGGACGUGCUGGAGGAGCAGGGCAUGGAGGUGGUGUCCAAACGCCACCUGGGCCGCAAGGGCACCGACCUGGACCUGGUGGAGCAGCUCAACAUCUACGAGGCGGCCUUGCGGCACGAGGACGGCGACGACGACACAGAGCCGCCUCCGUCCGGCUGCAGGGACCGUCGACGGACCAGCGUAGGGGGCAACAACGACAAGCACAGCCUGGAGAGGCGCCGCAGCCGGAGACACUCAUUGGGCCGCUCUGGCCCCGCCUCUCCCUUAAGCCCCGCCUCCCCACACCGUGGGGGAUUCCAGCCCUUCAACGGACAGAAGUCCGAGGACAUGAGCGAGAGAGCUCUUGGCUCCUAUGGGGACCAGGGUCUGUGUGAGGCAGACUUUGAUCCUUGGCCCAUGAAUGGGAAGUUUAUCAAUCCUCCCUUUGCACCUACAAACAAUGCAGACAGGCCUCCUCUGGGGGGUCUGCUGUCCUCCUCCUACCGGCAGCACCAGGAGUCUCUGGCCGCAGAGCGCGAGAGGAGACGCAUGGAGAGAGAGGAGCGUCUGCAGAAGAUCGAGAGGGAGGAGAGGAACCGAUUCAGUCGGGACUAUGUGGACAAGAUGGAGGAGGCCAGGCACGCCCGCGAGGAGAGGUAUAAGACGGUGGAGCGUCUCGCUGCGGAGGAGUACGAGCGGGAUCGUGUGCGUUCAGCUCCACGUGGACUCAGCCUGUCCCUGAGCCCUGACGACUCCUGUCAAUCAUCCCGCAGCGGCACGCCUUCCUCCAUCGCCUCCCAGGACAACCAGGACACGCCCACCACACCCUACCCCGCCUCUGAGUCAGACACAGGAGUUGAAUUAGAACCAGAAGCAGAGGAGAAGGAAACCGAAUCUCCUGAGGAGGAGGAGGAGGCCGUGGAUCAGGAGGAAGAGGAAGAGGCAGAACAGGAAGAGGAAGCAGCCAAAGAGGAAGUAGAAGCUGAGGCAGAGGAGCCGGCUCCAGAGCGGGAAGAGGAGGAGCCUGCGGAGGAAGAGGAGGAGCCCGAACGGGAAACGGCCAAUGGAGAGGCGGCGGAGGAUAGCGGUAUCCUGAGCGACAAGGAGAGACAGAAUGAGGAGGUGAACGAGAAGGACAACUGUUCGGCCUCCAGCAUCUCGUCUGCCAGCAGCACCCUAGAGAGAGAGGAGCGACUCGCUGGCAACAACAACGAGACUGGUCCAUGGGCCCCGUCAGUGAAAGAUGCGGAUGUGAACGAGCAGUGCAGCAAGAUCCUCAACAGCAAGCUCUUCAUGCUGGACAUGCUGUACGCCCAGGCCAAGAAGCCGGCCGAGGAGGAGGAGGAGGAGGAGGAGGAAGAGGACGAGGAGAAGAAGGAGAAGGGCCAGGACGAGAAGGAGAGCGAGGGCGAGCCGUCGGUCGCCGCCGCCAUCGAGGGGGAGGGCGAGCCGGCGGGAGAGGAAGGCGCCGAGCCCAAGUCGGACGGCGAUAGGCGCAGCACGAACGUGCGGGCGUUCGCCGAGAAGUUCGGCGACCUGGUGAAAGGGCUGUCCUCGCCGCACCUGGAGUCGCCCGAGACGCCCGAGAAGCAGCCGGCGGCACCUCCGCCUCCUCCGCCGCAGCCCCCCAAGAAGGAGUCGGACUACAUCUGGGACCAGCUGCUGGCCAGCCCCCGCGCCCUCCGCAUCGGCGACAUCGACUUCACCGACCUCGGCGAGGAGGACGACCAGGACCUGCUGGACGCCGGCUCCCUGAUGAGCACGAGCGACCUCCUGCCCCCUCCCCCACCUCCCCCCUGCCCCUUCAACCUCCCCCCUCCCCCGCCGCUCUUCGGCAACUGCCCCCCUCCGCCACCGAUGCCAGGCAUGAGGAUACCCCCUCCGCCCCCCUGCCUCUCCUCGGCCCCCAUACCCCCUCCACCCCAGCAGGAGGGCGGCGGCGAGCAGCCGCUCUUCCAGAAGAAGAAGAAGACCAUCCGGCUGUUCUGGAGCGAGGUGCGGCCCGACUGGCAGUACCGGGGCUACCGGCGACUGCAGGGCUCGCUCUGGGCCAAGCUGGAGCCCGUCAAGGUGGACACGGCCAAGCUGGAGCACCUCUUCGAGAGCAAGUCCAAAGAGAUCCCCGUCACCAAGAAAACGGCUGCGGACGGCAAGCGGCAGGAGAUCAUCGUGCUGGACUCCAAGAGGAGCAACGCCAUCAACAUCGGCCUGACGGUCCUCCCUCCCCCGCGCACCAUCAAGACGGCCAUCCUCAACUUCGACGAGUACGCGCUGAACAAGGAGGGCAUUGAGAAAAUCCUGAUGAUGAUCCCUACGGAGGAGGAGAAGCAGAAGAUCCAGGAGGCCCAGCUGGCUAACCCCGACACCCCGCUGGGCAACGCAGAGCAGUUCCUGCUCACGCUCUCCUCCAUCAGCGAGCUCUCCGCCCGCCUGCAGCUCUGGGCCUUCAAGAUGGACUACGAGGUCACCGAGAAGGAAGUGGCGGAGCCUCUGCAGGAUCUGAAAGAGGGGAUGGACCAGCUGGAGAAGAACAAGACGCUCCGCUACAUCCUGUCCACUCUCCUCGCCAUCGGCAACUUCCUCAACGGCUCCAGCGCUAAGGGUUUUGACCUGAACUACCUGGAGAAGGUUCCAGAAGUGAAGGACACGGUGCACAAGCAGUCUCUGCUGCAUCACGCCUGCGCCGUGGUGGUGGAGAACUUCCCAGAGAGCACAGACCUCUACUCGGAGAUUGGCGCCAUCACUCGCUCAGCCAAGGUGGACUUUGACCAGCUCCACGAGAACCUGACGCAGAUGGAGCGGCGCUGCAAGGCAUCGUGGGACCACCUGAAGGUCAUCGCCAAGCACGAGAUGAAGCCGGCGCUCAAGCAGAAGAUGUCCGACUUCCUGAAGGACUGCGCCGAGAGGAUCAUCAUUCUGAAGAUUGUGCACCGCCGAAUCAUGAACCGGUUCCACGCGUUCCUGCUGUUCCUGGGCCACCCGUCGUACGGCGUGCGGGACAUCAGCGUGCACCGCUUCAGCAAGAUCGUGAGCGAGUUUGCGCUGGAGUACCGCACCACGCGCGACCGCGUCCUGCAGCAGAAGCAGAAGAGAGCCGACCACCGCGAGCGAAACAAGACGCGCGGCAAGAUGAUCAUCGACGUCAACGCCCCCACUGAUGAUGAAGAAGACUUAGAGUCUGGCCGGCUGGGUGGUGGUGGCAGCAGCAGUGGUGGUGGUGGUGGUGGUGGUUCCGGUGGUUCUGGUGGAGCGCAGGAGAACCAGCAGCCCCAGGGCCUGGGCCACGCCGAGGACGCCGCAGAACACGAGUUCAUGAAGGCCGUGCUCAAGACCAGCCUGCAGAGCGGCGACAAAGAGGCCUCCUCCUUGGUACCGGGUCUGCGCAUGCGAACGCGGACCAGGCCCAGCAGAGGUCCACCUCGCACAGCCUGGACAUCGGCGGCCAACGAGGAAGCAGUGGCCAUGGCAGACGACGCCGCAGACGAGAUCAUGGAGCGGAUUGUGAGGUCGGCGACACAAGGGCCCAGCCAGAGAGCCCAGCCACGCGAGAGGAGGCGGUCUCGUGCCAACCGCAAGUCACUGAGGAGGACCCUGAAGAACGGACUGACGCCAGAGGAAGCACAAGCUCUGGGAUUGGCUGACAACCCAGAGAUGCCUGUGUGAAGAGCCAGAAUCUGCGUGUGUAACAUGACGGACACACGCCCCUUACUGACCCUUGGCAGCACACACACACACACACAAACACACACACACACACACACCCCACCCCACCCCACUCCCCUCGUAACACUCCGGCCUUCUCACUGCCGCCACCCAAAACAUUCGUCAGCCAAUCACAAGCCUUUCCACAGCUCCUCCCCCUGCUGCUUGGUGCCGCUAGCGCUACUAGCCGUGUGACUAGCCGUGUGACUAGCCGUGUGACUAGCCGUGGCGCUGUAGGCAUAUGAGUGUGUUUACCUUCCUCGUUUUGCUGAAAACAGAAUUAUUUGUUCUUUUUUUUUUUUUAAACAAAAUGACCCUUGGGUUGUGUCCGAAAGAGGGACACCGAUAAGACAAAGAAGAAGAAAGUGUUUUUGGAAAGUGAUGAGAAAAAUAAUCAGUGGGGAUGAAAAAAAGUGAAAGCUUCUGGUACGAUUGUGACUCAGGGUUUGAUCCGAUCAUCUCGUUAUGUUUAUCCUUGUGGCUGUUUUUUUUGUUUGUUUGUUUGUUUAAUCUUUCGGGAAAUUUUCCAAAAAUGGUACUCACAAUACCUAGUAGAUACAGCACAUGAACAAGAGACAACCAUUUAAAAAUGGGUUAUUCUGCCAGUUAUUGUGACAAUCCAAGUCCCGACACUUCCAGUUUGGCUGUAUGCAUCACAUCACACCAUGUGAAAUGACAGUGGUGAUUCAAAAAAGAAAAAAUUAAAAAAGAAAAUCGGUCCGGAAAUGGAACAUUUUAGAAAGUUCUGCUUGAGCUGCAGUCGUGCAUCUUAAUGGAACUUAUGAAACAGUACAUACAGUAACAUUUUUUAAAAAAAUCAUGCGUACUCUCACCUGCGUGUCAAGGGCCUUCUAAAUGAAUACCAAACUGUGUGAUGUAGGAUGAGUAAUAGUGCCCUUUCCUUAGGUGCUGUAGGUGUAGAUUAAGUUGCCACAUGUCUGUGUACUCAGUAAACAGGGAUGCCCAUCUUAUUCUAGAGACCACCACUAUCCUAUAGCUUUCUUCUGUCUCAGAGGCCUUCUCAGUCCAUCUGUAUGAUGUGUUGAAAUUCACUUCCAUCUCUCACCAUGGAUCUUAUUGCUCAUCUCAUUCUUCUGCUAUUUGCCAAUUUUGGGUAUCUCUGUCUCCAUCUGCUCGCUUGCUUUAACAAUGAGCACAUGGCCUACUCUACUGCCACUCUUCCACCACCCCUUGGGAGUGCUCUGCAUUUAAUCUGGCAUGGAGUUGUUUGUCGAGACACAUAAUGGACAGUAAUGAACACUGCAAAAAGAAAAUAGGGACGUCAGUUGUUUUUAAGAGACUUGAUUGUUGCUGACAACAAUGUCCACUUGAAUUGAACAGAAAACAGGCCUAGAUUUGAGGGGAGAUGUUUUGUUUUUAUUUUACAGUUGAUUUUCGUGAACGUCAAAUCAUCUUCAACCCACUCACGUCUUUUGCAAUAGUGUCGGCUCCAGAUGAGUGAUGACAGUUCUAGUUUGGUUUGUGCCUUCCUGCAACAUGAGGCUGUAGGUCUUGAGACGGAGGUCAUUUUCCUGUCCCUUUACAGCUCACACGAUCAAGACUACAGAUGACCAUUAGAACAAAGAGACUGACACAACUUGAGUCAAAUUGAGUAGCGUAGAACAAACAUUUUCAUAGACCAUCUUUUGGUAAAACAUUGUUUAGGCUACAGAAGUAUACUGCAAGCGGCUUAUUUUUCGUUGCUGUUGUUUUUGUUGUCAUUGUUUUUGUGUCAUUUCCAAGUACUAUAUUACAAUUUCAUUAUUUAUUGAGGAGAUUCACAUUUUGAGAGGAACAUUGGGGUUUUGAUAAACAAUACUUUUCGAGAACCGUAGGUCAGUUAAUGCCACGGUAGUCUGGCACCUUAAUCUCAAACUCUUGCGUGGGAUGUUUAUGGAACCAUUGUCAAAAUUUGAGAGAAGAUCUCAUUCAGACUCCUUCCUAGUCAAUCUUAUACUGGAAAUUGUAAAAAGGACAAAAGUGUACAAAAAUUAUAAACAUUUAAAAGAGGGAUAUUGUAAAAAAAAAGUAUGUAAAUGCCCUGCUUUGUUGUCAAGUUUGUUUUUUUGUUUGUUUGUUUGUGUGUAAUGUUUGUUUGUUUGUUUUUUUGUAAUUUCUGUAGAAUAGUGUAUUAUAGACAGACAAAGAGCAGUGUUAUUAUAUUAACUGUAAUUUAAGAGAAAACAGAACAAAAAGCCAUGCAUGGUCACAAAUAUAUAAAUACAUAUUAACUGCAUUUUUUUGCAAACGGCUUUGAACCACAAAUUUUGACAUUUGUUCAUUUCGAAAUAUCCGUAACUUCAGUAGGCUUUUUUCAGAUUCUUGUUGGCUCAUAACUCCAUUACAGUAAGCUGAACGAUAUGUUGUCACAUUUUGGAAUUAGAUGCCUAAGCUGUUUUGAAGCUCCUGUCUAUGAAUUUACUCGUCCACUGGAAACAGUCGGCUACCUGCUAUUUACACAACCUGCAAUAAAGCCUUGUAUGAAUAGA